AUGAUAGUAGGCAUCCUUCUCCCUGUCGCAGGGACGCUGGUCGCGUAUCUCUGCGCCCAUGCGCUCCUCAUCUUCUACCGAAAUCGCGCCUCGCCCCUCCGCCGUAUCCUCCCCAGCCCGCCAACACAGAACAUCGUGCUGGGAAACUUCAAACAAAUUGCUGACGACGCCACGCUGACGAGCAAAUGGCGCGAAGAAUACGGCUCGACAUACCUCUUCCACGGCCUGUUCAGCGUCUCGGAGCUGUUUACGACGGACUUGAAAGCUCUCAAUCAUAUCAUGGCGCAUCCGGAGAUCUACCAGCGACCGCCGACCCAGCGCGAUACCAUUCGUCGUUUGAUUGGCGAGGGUGUUUUGUUUGCUGAGGCGGAGCAGCAUAAACGACAUUGUCACUUGCAGAACCCGGCUUUUGGCACGAUUCAGAUUCGAGCAGUAACCCAAAUCUUCGUGGAAAAGGCACUGCAGCUGCGCGAUUUGUGGGCGAAGGAGCAGUCCGGCACGAUAGAAGUCAUCUCUGGCCUACGCAAGAUGACGCUCGAUGUCAUUGGGCGGGCCGGUUUCGGAUACGACUUCGCAGCGCUAGACGGCACCGGCAAUACAGAGCUUGACCAGGCAUUCACAGGGCUCUUCCAUGCGCCGAAUUCCAAGCUCUAUGGCGCGUUGCGUGUGGCACAGAGCAUGAUGCCGAUUCUCAAAUUAUUUCCUGUGCCCGGUCAACGACUGCUGAACGCAGCGCGCGAACGCAUGUUUGUCAUCAGCCGCCAGAUUAUCGAAGAAAGCAAAGCGCACCUGCUGGCCGAAGACGAGGAAUUAGACAAAUUAAACUCGCUGGAUCGCCGGCGCGACCUGCUCUCCAUACUCCUCCGCGCAAAUAUGUCGGCUGACCUGCCAGACCAUCAGAAACUUAGCGACAACGAAGUUGUGGCCCAAAUCCCGGGGUUCUUCCUUGCAGGGCACGAAACAACCAGCUCCGCAGCAGCAUGGGCACUGCACGCACUUUCAACCAACAAAGCCGCCCAGACGAAGCUGCGGGAGGAGGUGCUUUCAGUGGACACCGACCACCCGACGCUGGAUGAGCUCAACGCGCUGCCGUACUUGGAACAGGUCGUGCGGGAGACGCUGCGCGCCCAUUCACCGGUGACAGCGAUGCAGAGGAAGGCGAUGUAUGACGAUGCAUUGCCGCUUUCGAAGCCAAUCGUCGACCGCGAAGGGCGGGAGCACUGGAGUCUUCCCAUUCCCCGAGGACAGAUGGUCCAGCUGCCGAUCUGGGCUGUUAAUACGUCCAAAGAAGUCUGGGGAGAGGAUGCAUUGGAAUUCAAGCCUGAGCGAUGGAGCGCGGUCCCUGCGGCCGCGAGCGAGGUCCCAGGUGUAUGGGCCAACCUCUUCACAUUUCUGUCUGGCCCCCACCACUGUAUUGGAUUCCGCUUUGCGCUGGUCGAGUUCAAGGCGCUGCUAUUCACUCUUGUUCGCGCAUUCGAGUUCGACGCCAGCGUCCCGAAGAGCGGUAUUGCCCCGUUCACCGCCGGCGCUAUUCAGCGCCCGUCCGUCCUGCUCCCUGGGCAGAGUCAGAGAGGACAGAAGUCGGGGCUGCCGUUGGUUGUAACCCCCUUGAAUACCUGA